CGGGCUUGCUGCGCAGUACCUUGACAUGUAGACAAGCCUUAAGAUCAGGGCUCCAUUGUGCUAGGCACUUUGCAAAUACAGAGUUAGAGACGGUCCCUGCUCUGAAGAUCAAAAUAGACAAAACUCAGGAGGGGGAAAAGUGGCAUGUUUUACUUAAGAUCGUGCAGCCGAUCUGUGGUAGUGGGUGUCCCAGUCACUAGAUCACGCUGGACUUCUAGGAAAAGGAGGGUCCACAUUCAUGUCAUGUAUGGGAUAUUUUGGGUGGGCUCUUAAGAAACUAGGUUGUGUCACAAAGCAGUCUUGCAUUCAGGUUUCAGUCUGUUUAGUGAAACACAAUAAAGGCACGUAACACUAGCCAAUGUGACCAUCGCAACGCUGGUAGGCUUAUUUGCCCACAACAGUUUUCUUGCCGAGGUCAAAUAUCCUGGGAUCAGUUCACCCAAACGUUCCUGAUUUCAUGUCAAAAGGCCACCUGACCUGUUGAAACCCCGUGAGACAGACCAACGGCCUAUUGAUGGGCUGUGAUGUACAGGGCAACGCUGGGAUUUCUCCUGUCCUCGCCAGCCCAGAAGGAAUGGCUUUUCUAACCUGCAAGACUCCAGCAUGGUAGGUUCUCCAGAUACCUCAGUGGGCGGAGAUCACUGGAACUAUUCUGAUGUAGUGUGGAUGCAGGGCCCAGUGAGUGACUUGUGCUAAAAGCAGAACACCCCUUGCCAUGAGCACACACAUCAUCAUUAACUGAAUGUAAUAUCCUGGCAAAAAUAUGUGCGAGCCAGUUCCCUGCGCAACCCACUAAUGGGUCUGUGGUGGAGGUGGGGCACUGGAUGGGGAGAUCAAUGCUCUGAGGUGGGCCAGAGAAUCCUCUUGCUAGAUGCCUGGCUGGUGGGUUUGGCUCACAUGCUCAGGGGCAUAUUGAUACACACAUUUGCGGUCGGGAAGGCAUUUUCCCCCAGGCCAACCUGACCUGGGUGUUGGGGGUUUUGACCUUCCUCUGCAGCAUGGGGCGUGGAUUGAUUGCUAGGCUCAUCAAUGCCUAUCUCACUGAAUCAAUUCCCUGCCAUUGCAGGGGUCUUGGGCAGCGGUGUCACCUCCGUCUCUCUUGUUCUCUGCUUGCCAGAUAGUGAAUGACCUUGUCUUUUCUAGCCGAGGCUGAAAGGGGGACGCUAGAUUGCAGACACUACACAUUUGAUUAGAACGGUUUGUAAUGAAACGCCUCACAUCUCUGCAAACCUAGGUAUGUUCUCCAGCUAGCAUGCGUCCAUCCUCUUAAACAGGACCGAGACAUGAAAAUGGAGAUUCACGUUUUAACUAAGCAAACCCACAACCUCUUUUCACUGCUAUAGUUCAGACCUCUUCCCCUGGAUUAAGAAACUGAUUUUGGAGAAUGUAAAUCAACAUUUUUUUCCAAGCAGAAAGUUGAUUUAUGGGGCAAUCCUGGGGUGUGUUGUGUUUUUUGUUUGUUUGUUUUGUCUUCUGAAUUGUGAAAGGCAGGGUAUUUUUUCUGAAUUCACUAAACCAACACUUGCCAACAGGCUUUAAAAUGUCAGUGAUCUGGAUAUAGGAAGGGUCUCACCCUAGGGCAAAAUAUGUCAAGGAAUUUGAAUGCUGUGUGAUCAAAGUAAGACUCUGGAUAAUCUAUUCUGGGUUGGUACAAGGAAAACACAAGUAACUUGAGGCAAACAAGAAUUCCCAAAGACAACAGUACUGGUGCAGGUUUCUUAGCUCUUUGGGGUGUGUUUCAGGAAAGGUCAGUUUUUUGGUAAAGGGAAGAGGUGGUGGCUCAUCUAAGCCCAGGAAUACAAAAAACUACACCUUUCUGCACUCCCCUGUUACCUAGCCAACUCCCUGAACAGAUAAAAAGGAAGAGAUUUGCACUGUCCUUAGAGGGACUCAACUGCUUUUGCCCUGGGACUUUCCUCUGGUAGCUCCCCCAUCAAGGUCUCCUUCUCUCUUCUCUUCUGCUGCAGGGGAGCUGCCGCUAUGUCUUGCCAGUUUUCUGGCCAAAGCCUGGGAGGCAGCCUUAGGGGUUUCAGCUCCAGCUUUGUCCGUGUUAGUGGUGGGAACAAAGUCAGCUUCAGCACAGUGUCACGCGGAGGAUGCACAGGCUCAGCCUGGAGUCCCAGAGGCUUUGGCAGUAGGAGCCUGAAUAACUUGGGAUGAAAUAAAAGGAUUUCCAUUGGUGGAUUUGGUGGCACUUGUGGAGGGUUUGGGGCUGGCGGCCACGUGGGUGGAGGGUUUGGCAGUGGUGCUGGGUCUGGGGGACAGUUCAGUGGUGGGCUCGGUGGUUGCUUUGGUGGUGGGGCUGGAGGAGGAUUUUCUGGUGGAUGGGAUGGCCCUGGAUUUCCUGUUUGCCCACCUGGUGGCAUCCAAGAAGUGACCAUCAGCCAGAACCUCCUGACUCCUCUCAACUUGAAGAUUGACCCAGAGAUCCAGAAAGUGCGGAAAGAGGAAAGGGAGCAGAUGAAGACCCUGAACAACAAAUUUGCCUCCUUCAUUGACAAGGUCCGAUUUCUAGAACAGCAGAAUAAAGUUCUGGAGACAAAAUGGAAACUCUUGCAGGAACAGGGCCAAGGACCCAUUAAAAAGAAACUUGACCAGCUCUUUGAGGCUUAUAUCAAUGGCUUGAGAAAGCAGCUAGGUGGCCUGUUAAAUGAGAGGAGACAGCUGGAUACCAAGCGGAAGAGCUUCCAAGAUCUGGUGGAGGAUUUUAAGAACAAGUAUGAAGAGGAAAUAAACAAGAGGACAGCUGUGGAGAAUGACUUUGUGGGCCUGAAAAAGGAGAUGGAUGCUGCCUACAUGAACCAGAUGGAGCUGCAAGCGAAACUAGACUCCCUGACUGGUGAGAUCAGCUUCCUGAGAUGUCUGUAUGAGGCGGAACUGUCUCAGAUGCAGCAGACCGUUUCCGACACCUCCGUGGUCCUGUCUAUGGACAACAACCGAAACCUAGACUUGGACAGCAUCAUCCGGGAGGUCAAAGCACGGUACGAGGAGAUUGCUCAGAGGAGCUGAGAGGAGGCAGAGUCUUGCUACCAGUGCAAGUUUGAAGAGCUGCAGGUGACAGCUGCGAGACACAGAGACAGUCUACGAGACAGCAAGAGCGAGAUCUCAGAGCUUAACCGGAUGAUCCAAAGGCUAUGGGCUGAAAUAGAAAAUGUGAAGAAGCAGAUAUGGCUUUUUUUCAUGCAUUGUGAAAAGCUGCAGACCUCCAUUGCUGAGGCCGAGCAGCAAGGCGAGCUGGUCCUCAAAGACGCCAGGCAACUGGCUGAGCUGGAGGGUGCCCUGCAGAAGACCAAGGCAGACUUGGCGCAUCAGCUGCGGGAGUACCAGGAGCUGAUGAAUGUCAAGCUGGCUCUGGAUAUCGAGAUCGCCACCUACAGGAAGCUGCUGGAAGGAGAAGUAUGCAGGUUAGGGCAAUAUAAUGAGGACCAGAUCUUUUGAAGUCAAUGGGGAAACUUAGCGCAUGUCAUACUCACCCUUUUAAAACAAUGCCCCUAACUCCCUGGCAACUAAGAAGGCAGUCUGAAUAAUAUUGGCGUAUUAGCAUUUAGGACACGCUGCUGCUUUAAGAGCAAGAGGUGGUCUAGUCUAGUGGAUAG